CUUGGGGUUGUCACUUAGUUAGUAGCGAACAUUUCAUUUAUUAUAGCCGGUACGUAAAAAAAGAUAUUUUUCACUAAACAUCAAAUGCCCAGUAAGUAACGAUACAGUAUGCAAUUACGAAGGAAUAUCCGGUUUUGUGAAAUGUCGUCAGUCUUUUGUCACAGCUGUUGGCAAUAGUGACUCAUUCGCUGUCGUUCGGGUCGGUGGUCGUUAGGACCUGAGCAACGUUUUGUAGUUUCGUGUCAUAAAAGUAAUUUUGCCACCAUUCCGAAUAUCAUGGCUGCUAUUCGUAAGAAACUAGUAAUUGUAGGUGAUGGUGCAUGCGGUAAAACUUGCCUUUUGAUUGUGUUUAGCAAGGAUCAGUUUCCAGAAGUCUAUGUGCCCACAGUAUUUGAAAACUACGUAGCCGAUAUUGAAGUUGAUGGCAAACAAGUCGAAUUGGCUUUGUGGGAUACAGCUGGUCAAGAGGAUUAUGAUAGGCUUCGGCCUUUGUCAUAUCCAGAUACCGAUGUUAUUCUUAUGUGCUUCUCCAUCGAUUCGCCUGAUUCCUUGGAAAAUAUACCAGAAAAGUGGACUCCAGAAGUAAAACACUUCUGCCCAAACGUUCCUAUCAUCUUGGUUGGAAACAAGAAAGAUCUGAGAAGUGAUCCACACACUAUCAAGGAGCUUGGUAAAAUGAAGCAGGAACCUGUAAAACCAGCAGAAGGAAGGGCCAUGGCAGAAAAAAUAAAUGCAUUUGCCUAUCUUGAAUGUUCUGCAAAAAGCAAGGAAGGAGUACGUGAAGUUUUUGAAACAGCAACAAGAGCCGCUCUUCAAGUCAAGAAGAAGAAAUCCGGCAGGUGCAGGCUGUUUUAAGCUGCGAAAACUUUGAUUAUAGUGAGUUCAUUUUCAGUAUUUGUAUUCAAAGUUUUAGUAACAGGUUUGCCGAAAAUUAAAUAAAUUGAAACUUUAAAUAUUUAGUGCUUGUUAGAAUAUAUGCUGUUAGAUUUCAAGAACUUAAUGGGAACUCGAUGUGCAAUCACAGUGCGUGUGUUUAGUGUUCGUUUUAAACACUAGAUAAUUUUGAGGAUCCAUUCUAGGCAGUGUUAUGGAAUAGGCAUAUCCGAAUGUUUUGUUGCAUUUGUAAUGUAAUAUUCCAAUCGUUGCAAAUGAUAUUGACUGUAGUAAGAUACUUCCAUGGUAUCAUAAAUCAACAGAAAGUUGCCCCCCACCUGUCGUCUUAUGAUGAGUGACCAUUAGUGUUGUGUGUAUUUGUAUUAAUUUGGGGAACGAAGGACAAAUGGAUAUAUGGACAGGUACAUGUAAGAAAGAAUUGUUAAGCUUUAAGCAGUUCAUUUCUUUCUUCAUACAUUUAGUAAUCAGUAAGCAAGAAGUCUUGUUAGCCUUCUGGUCAUUCAGCUGUAAGUAUGAUGACAGUGUAAUGUUAGCAUUCCAGCUUGCAGCAGUUGACAUGUUUGCAUCCUUAUAGGAUAAUGAUUUGUUGAAUGUUAGUGCUUCAGUUCUGAGCUAUAUGUACCUGCAAGCAGUAAGCUAUAAAGGAAAUCAUGAGGUUUUGUUGAAAUCUCUCUCUCUCUCUCUCUCUCUCUCUCUCUCUCUCUCUCUCUCUCUGACUGACUGCAAUAUACACGUAACUGCAUUGGUGUCGUUCUUGUCAUUUGUGUAAGGCUGAAACGUUUUAAGACUUAUUAAAUUAUGUGCAGCCUGACAAAACUUGGCAAAAUUAAAUAUAUUGAAGUGCAAACAUUACCUUCAUUAUAAUUAAUGAACUUUAUUUCAGUAAAUGGUUGGGGCUUAUAUCCAACAUUUGUGAUUUUAAACAGCUAUAGGAAAUCAUGAUGUGCCAAGUAUCUAGUGUGAAUAUCCAAUAUUUAUAUCACUGUUUCCACUAAACUGAUUAUUUUAUAAAAGAUUUUGUCCAAAUCUUUAUAUUAGACUUUGUUAAAAAUCUUUGCAUUUAAGAACAGAAUUGACAUGAUUCUGCAAAUGUUGUGUAGCAUAAACACCCCCACUUUUUGAUUUUGCCAUAUUUAUGUAUAAAUUAUUUUCUGGUCUCAAGACUGACAGCCAUGUCUUAACACUCAUGUUUGUGAUAUAUAUAACUUAGCCAUAUUUAAAGCAAUUUUUCGUUUCUCUUAAUACUAUUCUGAUAAACAUCAUACUGUCUCCAUAUAUCAGAGUAUUUCUGUUAUUUGUACAAUGGUUUGAAUAGUGUGAUUUUCAAGUUUUGAAGUUAGAAAAUGCGACUUGUCUGUAACUAUAAAUGAUAAAAUUAAGCUGCAGUGCGAAUGACUGAAAUCAAUAACUUGGUGCUAGUGUAGCAGCUAUUCUCUCUUUCUGCAUAUAAUCUUGUUGCUUAAAGGUUUUUUUAGUUUGAAGAGAGUAUUAAUUGUAUUGACACAUUUUUUUAUCUGAGAGGUAGAGUAAUAAUGGAUACGAGAAAUAUAUUUUUACUUACUUUCAUACUGCUUUUGAGUUUGUUUUGGUUAUAGGUAAAUUUAUCCCUUAAAAAUUAAUCUUAAAGAAGAAAUAUAUAAUCUCUCCUGUUGGAAACAAGGUUACAGCACAAUUAAUAGCUUGUUUUUAUUAUGGAAGUAUUAAAAGUACUUUUAGGUAAUGUUUCAGAAUGUGGCUGCAAGUUCUUUUGGGAGAAUAAGGUGCUGAAAAAAAUAUUUUGUUAAACCCUGUCUGAGUUCAUUUAUUGCAGUAAAGCAUUCUGAGCUUUUUAUAAUUAUGGUCCGGAUUUACAAAUUGUCCAUUGUAUUAAUUAAAUGUAACUUAGAAGUGGAAUGAAUAUUUUGAUAUAAAAAAUAA